AUGCCUUCAGUAUUCCAGCCCCUACAGCAUGACCUUAAGGAUGGCAUAGCUGAUGAUGCUACUGAACUCAAUUAUUCUUCUGAGGGGCAGACUGACAGAGCCCAUCCUAUUGCUCAUGAUAAAGAUUAUCGAUCUUCGAAAUGGCAUCGAUAUAAUAAAGAAGGCAGUAUGCAACAAACCCGUCCAGUAGCCAUCUUUUGCCCUGCCUUCGUAGAGCAGCAUGGGUAA